AUGAUCCGAGCAAUUGAUAAGGCCGCCAUUCACCGCAUAUGCUCGGGACAGGUGGUGCUGGACGUGGCGGCGGCGGUGAAGGAGCUGGUGGAGAACAGUCUGGACGCGGGAGCGACGAGUGUGGAGGUGCGCCUCAAGGACUUCGGCGCGGAGCUCAUCGAGGUGGCGGACAACGGCUGUGGGGUGGCGCCUCCCAACUGGCAGCUGGCAGGUGGGGGCUUGGAGAGUGAGGGCGAUGGGGGUGAGAGCCUGAAAGCAGUCGGAACGACGGUCAGCAUGGCGAAGAUUUUCUCGCCGCUGCCCGUGCGGCGGAGGGAGUUUGAGCGGAACGUGCGGCGGGAGUUUGCGAAGCUGGUGAGCGCCUUGCAGGCGUACUGUGUGGUGUCCACACACGCGCGCAUCCUCUGCACCAAUCAGAGCGGGCGGAGCAGCGCGCGCACCACUGUGGUGCAGACAGCUGGCACAGGGUCGAUGCGGGAAAACAUCAUCGCUGUCUUUGGCGCCAAGGCUGCUGGGGGCCUGGACCCUGUUGAUAUCACCUUCCCUCUCUCCCCUUCUUCUGCCGCUGCUGCUGCUCCUGCUGCUCCUGCUCUUCCUUCUGCUGCGACCAGUGCAGCUGCCACUGCCCCUGCGCCGCUACCAGCCUCGUGCUGCAGAGUAACCGGGUUCCUAUCCAGGCCAGGGGCGGGCAGUGGCAGGUCAGCAGGGGACCGGCAGUUCUUCUUCCUCAACGGCCGCCCGGUGGACCUGCCGCGCCUCUCCAAGCUGCUCAACGAGCUCUACCGCUCCUUCAACUCCCUGCAGUUCCCCGCCGCUUUCCUAAACGUUUCGCUUAGCGCGGAUGCUUAUGACGUGAACGUGACCCCGGAUAAGCGCAAGGUGUUUUUGCACUCGGAGGCGGCGCUGCUGUCGGGGCUGCGAGCGGCGCUGUCGGAGUAUUACUCUCCGGACAGGUGUGGUGGAGACGAGUUGAACGGGGGUGGGCAGAUGGAGGAGGACGAAGAAGGGGUGGAGGUGGUGGAAGGGGAGGGAGACAGAGAGCAGCUGCGGCAUCAGUGUGAGCGUGGGGAGGGAAGAGUGGACGCAGCACAGGGGGGGCCAGUAGGCAAGGAUGUGACGUGUGGUGACGGCACAGCAGACAGGAGCUCUUUGUCUCGGGGGUAUGAGACGCGUCACAAGGCAGCCGCUGAGCGGCAGAGAGACUGGCAGAGAGUGCAGCAAGUGGAGGAAGAGGAAGCAGAAGAGGAAGAGGAAGAGGAGGAGCCAGAGCAGGAAGAGGAGGAAGAGGAGAGGGAGAGUGAAGGAGCCAAUGUGGGAAGGAGGGAUGGAAGCAGCAGGGCAGUGAGGGGAGGGGGGCAGCGAUCCAUGAGGGGUGUUGCUGCUCAGGCGCAAGGGGUGGGAAGCCGAGGCGUGGGGAGGGGAAGGGCGGGGGUAGAGAGCAGUGGAGGGGUGGAAAGGGCGCGGGGAGGGGCGGAUGGGAGACAGGCGGGGCUCGAUGCUUGGCUGGGGAAGAGGGGCGGGGGAGGACGAGGGAAAGGGGGAAGCGGGGGAGGCAAGAUGGCCGGUGUGGAUGUGGGGGGACGUGUGAGAGGGAGAGCUGGAUAUGGUUCGGCGGAGGACUGUGGGAAGGGGAAAGCAGUGGAGAGAGACGAGGAUCAGAGCGAGGAGGAUGAGGAUACUGAUGAAGUAAGGGAAGUGGAGCAGGUAGAAGGGGAGGGAGGGGAAAUGCCAGUGGAAAGGGGCAGGAGUCACGAUGGGGAAAGGCAUGAUGCUGCUCAAUGUGGGGUUCAUGGUGGCUUGCAGGAGGCAACCCGGGAUGAGUGGGCAGGUAAAAGUGUUCUGGAACUGCCCCUGAUGACUCAAGAAAUUACCCAGGCUGACCUUCCCGAACUGGUGGGCUCACAGCUGCUGCCCGGUACCCAGUUGGCCGGGCAGCACGAAACUUCUGAGAUGGCUGUGGCAGAGGGGGCAGGGAAGGGGAGAUGUUGCGGCGGGCACGCAGGGGAGUUGGAAGGAGAGGAGGGACAGGAAGGAGGCGAGAGAGGGGUGAGGAUAGAAGGAAUGGAGACGGAAGAGGGGGCUGCAUUGGGUGCGAACCGAGUGGCAGGGUCAGGGGAAGGGUGGGAGGUGAGGGGCGCAGAGGGCAGCGUGCAGGUGCAGUUCAACAUGCGGCGCGUGCAGCAAGUGUGGCGGCGACGCGCUGAGAGGGAGGCGAGGGAGAAGAGGGAGGGGCGAAGGGGAGUGGCAGGGCACGGCAAGAGUGAGAGGCAAAGAAGCUUUGCAGCGGCGUCAGUGGCUGAUGGUACGAGUAACGCUGCACACAGCAGUGGUGGAAGGAAGAUUCAGCAUGAAGGGGAGGGCAAGGAGGCAGCAUUGGAGGCGGCAGCACGGGAGCUGGAGCGGCGGUUUGACAAGCGCGACUUCGCCAGCAUGGCUGUGAUUGGCCAGUUCAACCUUGGGUUCAUCAUUGGACGGCUGGGAUCUGAUCUCUUCAUCGUGGAUCAGCAUGCAUCGGACGAGAAGUUCAACUUUGAGCGCCUCAUGCGAUGCACGCUGCUCAACAGACAGCCGCUGCUCGUGCCGCAACGGCUGGAUUUUUCACCAACAGAAGAAGUUAUUGUAUCGGCACACAUGCCCACAUUCAGAUCCAACGGCUUUCAUUUCUCCGUGGACGAGAGUGCUCCAUCCGGCCGUCGAUUCUGCCUCUCAGCCGUGCCUUUCUCGAAGAACAUCGUAUUUGGUGCUUCUGACGUGUGUGAGCUCAUCUCAAUGCUGGCAGACGCACCCCUCCCCGACCCAGAAACACCUGCUGGUUCUGCUUCUCUCCCUGAUGCUGUCCUCUUUCAUGCAACCGGUGCCGCAAAAGAUGGAACGGAUGGUGCACCUGGUGCUGAAAAUCACCAAGGUUCACUGCAUGAAAACUCAACAAGCUCUCCGCAAGUCCGGCGCAGUGAGAUCAACAACGAGAGCGGCACGGUUGGGGGUCCUUCUCCGCGUAAGGGGAGGUCUGGAGCUGCAGAGGCACCAGCGCCAUCACCGUCAGCAUCGCCAUCAACGAUUGUAGCAGUGCGGCCGUCACGGGUGCGGGCCAUGCUGGCUUCAAGGGCGUGCAGGAGCUCCGUCAUGAUUGGCACGGCGCUCAGCCAGGCGCAGAUGAGCAAG